GAUACUGUCAAGUCGGGUACAGGAUCGAUAUUAGUAACCCACAACCUCGGGCGUGCAGAGUGUCGGCAGAAACCGAUGCGGCCGCAAACAUAUGGUCAAUGCUACAAUCAAUCCUGUUGAACUAGGAAUGUCAGAAACACGUGCAAUGGACUCGACCGCAUCUAUAACCAUCAAUAGCGAUAAAGCCGUUAUAGUUAGAUCACUGACCGCCGUAACAGGGUGGGCAGUUUAGCAUGGUGUUUCGUACGUGAGGAGGCCAGACCUGGCUAUGACAAGGGCCACGUGGAAUGAAAAAUACCCCGAGCAGGAACCCCGUCCUCCGGCGCUGGAUCUUUCCACGGCGAUUCUAGGGGCGGGGAUUUUUAUUGUUGCGCUCAUCAUUUUGGCGGUCGGACUGAUUAUCGGACUCCAGUUUCCAGACUUCGCCCAAAAUCGUGUGAUUGAAGAACAAUGUGUGACCAGUACAGAGCACGAACUAUUCACCGAAUGGGUUACGGAGAGUGAAUGGAACCGCUAUAACAAACUAUAUUACUGGGUGGUCACAAACCCAUCCGGAGUCCUGUACAACGGUCAGAAACCAGUGCUCUCACAGCGUGGCCCAUAUGUAUAUCGUGAAUACCGACACAAGACGGCCAUUUUGUUUUCCAAGUCACGUGUUAGUUUCAGCAAUAACAUCAGUCAGAUUUUUGACGUCACUGCUACAAAGUCUCAGUGCGCCGACUGUUCGGAGACUGAUACGAUUACAGUUCUCAACACAAGGCAUCUUCAGCUUGUCGACAGGGUAAAUGGCAUGGAAAAUUAUAUUUAUAGCCAAAUACCGGAAGUACUCAACAACACGUUGUGGGCAUCAACAUCAAAGCAAAUUGGAUUUAAUGCAGACGUUUUAAAAUUGUUUGGAUGCCUUAGUAGCACGUGCGUGAGUGCUUUAUCUGGAAAUGUCACCAGUUUUGAUAAGUUGCGCAAUAUCUCCAUUGGGGAGUGGAUACAAGUGAACGAUUCUGAGUAUAAAGCUGCCAUAUUGAACAAAAGAUCAGGGACCGGUAUACUUGAAACAGAGGUGAACGCUUUAUACCAAACUGUUUUAAAUUCCAGUCUUCUCGGAGUGUCUGAUGCACAACUUACAAAUCUACAACUACAAAACAUAUGCGACAGUUAUGUUUUAGAUACUAUUUGUAAUUCUGCAACAGGAAGUAGUUCUAAUAAAUUUACUAGCGAUGAAACAUUCUUCGCAUCUUGUGGGUUAUUGCCGCUUAUGCGAAUUAAAAACAUAACAAAUACACCAUGUUUAGUUCGAAUAUCAGAACUGUUUUUAACUUUCAUGUGCAAAAAUGCCAAUCCCACAUGUAAUUUUGAAAACGAUAUUUUGGAAUCGUUUUACUAUUCCUUCCGAGACUUUGUACUACAGACCCUGGCGGGUGUUGUGUAUGAGGCUCUUUUCGUUAGCGGAGUUCAUGGGAUGCUUGAAACCCGACCCCAGCGAGACAUCGCCCUUGGGUACCGGACUGCGGACGGGAUGGACAUGUCGGGACUGCUACCCCGCACCAUCGGAAAUAUCAACCCACAGUCCUACGACAUGUCCACGUGUCAAGGGGAUACAGCCAAUGGCAACAUGGAUGUCAAAGUAUUUCGAGACACCAUCCUGGAUUCUCUGUGCGCUGUAAGUGUGGACCCAGCAUGUGACAGCACAACAGGACAUAGUUUAUUUUCUACACCGGCUUCAUCUUAUAGCGCAUGCGUAAAGCCGAAUCCAAACUCAGAUGUUUCGAUGUUUGAGGAAAAUAUACACGACACACUGUCUUUCGUAAACCCGGUGGAGAUCGACAUGUUCGGUAUCCGGGUUCAUCGUUUCCAUCUGGACACAAAUAAGUACAACACGUCCAUUAUGUACCCGUGCCUGAUACAUAACGCCACAUCAUUACUGCAGUUCCCUGCAAUCAUCAGUGAACCCAAUGCUGGUCCAUGCUCUGCUGAAUCGCUGAGUUCUUUAGACUCAUUUGUUGACGUUGAACCCUUCACUGGAAAAGUGUGGCGGAAAGUCACCAGGCUUCAGACAAACGCGCUGUUGCAGGCCAAUGACGUCAACGCUCGUGGCGUGCUUCCAUACAAUGUGUCUGUGAACGAUGAUCCUUUCCCUAUCUACUGGAGGGAAACAGUGAUACACCUUACGGAAGCCGCCAGUAACCACCACCACGAAAAAGUCACCAAACUAAUGGACGCUUCCUGUGGUGGAUUAGUCAGCCUCAGCAUCAUAUCUUUGAUCGUUGUCAUCAUCAGUGUUUUUAUUAUCAUUAGACCCCAUCGGAUGCUAAGACGGGUGGCUCCAGUCCCGGAAGUAGCGGAAGACGACGUCUCACAUAUAACUAACAACAACAACAACAACAACUGAUGGCUUAAUAUUGUUUGUAUUUGAAACACAAUGGUUGCUGUAUCACUAUUAUAACGGUAUUUUUCUUGGUUCAAAUUUGUGGCAUUAUUCUGGAAAUACACAUUUAAUUUUAUGCAAGUCCGGUUUAUGCAAGUCUGAUUUUCUUGCUUUCCGGUCACUAUUCCGAGGAUGUUGAGGAAACGUAAAUUGCAAUCCUGAAUAUUAAUUACAAGUCUAGUUGUCUCAGUGUCAUACUCCGGUCGGCAGUUUUGGAGAUGUGUUCCGAUUCUCUCAUUUAAAAAAAUGAUUUAUUAUGAAAUAUAGUCACAUUGGAUCACAAUCUUUUUCAUUUUGAUGUACAUUGUCUAGGGCAUUACAUGCAGUUUCUGCUUCUUAUUUGUGCUGUUUAAAUAUAUUGUAUAAAAUAAAGUAUUUUUAAUUUGAUCAUGUCAAAAUUAGCAGGUGAAAAUCAUCCAUAACAUAUUUUUAUAUCGGUUUAAGUGUUGUGUGCGUUCUCUAUUUUCGUACAAAUUUUAUGAGCCCCCGUCUGUGAUAUUUCAUUGUGAUUGUAUACAUCAAAUUUUUCUUUGAUCGUUUAAAUAGAAUUACAAUAAAACUAAAACCAUAGCCAUGUGUUUUUUCGUUAGAAAUUUUAAGUCAAAUAUACUUUACACGGUACAUAUACCCAACCAAAACCUCUGAAGUGGCUGAUUAGAAGUUACCUUAACCGUCAUGUUGUUUUUGAAUAAGUUUAUCAUUUAUUUUACUUAAAAGUAGCAUGUUUUAAGUUUUGACGAAUUUUAAAGCUUGUUUGUAAUUAUAAGAUUAUGCAAAGGGAAUCUAAUGAUGUAUCUAUUAUAUAUAUGUUACAUUCCAGAGUUAGCUCACGCGAAACAGUGCAGACUUAACAUCGUCUUCUUUUGUUUUUAAUUGGAAGGAUUGGUGUGAUAGUGUUUACUGUUUUGUUUGAUUAUUUAAUCCAAGAGUUGUUAUGGUAGCUGACUUUUUUUAUAAGAAUGUGUUUGAAUAACUUUCUGUUGAACGACUAGUUCACAAGAGGUAAAGUAAAAGUAAAGGUUUUUCGUUGUGACACUGAGCUAAGGAUCUUUGUCCAACUGCCCUGUGGUAUUUCCUAUACACAGUAACCUCCCCUUACCGUCGUUUAGAUAUACAUUUUUCUUCCACUGACCAGGUAGGUAACCCAAUUGGUUAGAGCGAUAGUACAUUAAUCUGAAUAAUUGUUCGAACCCUGGUCUAACCACGCUUAAUUUUAAAACUCAGUUUAUUACAUUUUCUUUAUUUAAUCUUCAUUAUUUUUCAAAGGUAUUCUCGCAAGGUAUGGGUUUCUUUUCGGAAAUGAUUUGUCAGAGUUAUAGUGAGGCCAAGAAAAACACUUUUCAAUUAUUUAUUUCAGCUUUGGCAGUUGUACGGGGAUCCUUUAACAGAAGAACUCUUUAAGGUCAUCUUUCCAUGCUAUUACAUAUCUACAAUUUCAA